AUGACCCACUCCCAGCUUUGUGCCUUGUGGCUGGGCUGCACGGGCUGGAUUCUAACCGCCAUGGCUCUUGGACUGGUCCAGUGGAGGGUUUGGUUGGUGAAGGACAACAAAGCGAUCAGCUCGGGUGUAGCCUGGGUGGGCCUGUGGAGGGCUUGCUUCAACAGCCACACCGAGGUGAGCCCCGGCUUUGUGGUCACACACUGCAGGUACAUCAGCUUGUUGGAGGCCUCCACGCCACCUGAGAUUGUAGCGGGUCAGGUUCUCAUGCUCCUGUCCGUGCUGGUGGGCUUGUUAGGAAACAGCAGUGGGGUUUAUGCCCUGAGGAACGUCCACUUUGGAUUGCGGAAGAACUUGCCCAGAUGCUUCUUCGUCCCCGGAGCGAUGUUCUUGUCGGCUUCAGGGUUGUCACUCGUGCCCCUUACAUGGAAUCUGAGCUCAGUGGUAACCAAUCAGACCAUCGGGUUCCCCUCUGCGUUCAAGAUGCCCCAGGCCCCUCAUUCUCAGCAUGUGGGCUGUGGCAUUACCAUGGGUAUGGCGGGCACAGUCUUGAUGAUUUUGUCUGGGAUUAUGUUCUGUAGAUACGGGUCGCCGAUACCAUCGCUGCGGGACAGCUCUAUCGGAAAAGAUAACCCUUGCUUUGAGGAAAUUAGUUGAGAUGUAGUCUUAUCUUGUCAGGUCGGGCUUAUACCACCACGGGUAAGAUGUACCCCCGUGCUACCUGCCGCAUUCGGGCAGAUGGGGCUCGUAAACCUGGUAAGGCAGCCCAUCUAGGAGAAGGAAAUCUCCAAUCUCACAACCCCCGCUGCCUUGCGGUCAACCCACUCGAGGGUAAGGCUAAGGGAGUAAACCCCGACAGAAAAUCAGGAUCCGAGUCCUAAAGGCGGUUUGACGUAGUAGCGUCAUUCCGACAACUCCUGCGGCGUCGCUGGUGCCAAGUUGUAUCGACACUCGUCGCUCCCUUGGAUCCACCAGCCAUGCGGAGAGGGGGGGGCUUGCUGCCUGGACAACAGCUUGCCCUUCAUAGUUCCAUGCCCAGGCCGUGUAGAUCCACUGGAGAGGUCCACUGGAGAGGUCACUCCAGCAGAUACCGGUUCUAAGCCCAUCCGAUUGGCGAAAGAAACGGGUGCCAGGGGCCAUCUCGCAGUGAGACCCACCCCCCUUUUUGGAUCUACCCCAUCGUCUCCCCAGACGGAAGGAUGCUGACGGAGUCUUAUUCACAUCACACGACCCUUUUUGAGAUCUUCCAGAUUUUGACAUCCAUCCAUGCAUUAUCUACCACAAGGUCACAGGUGAGCUGACUUCAGGCAAGAGGCGAGGCACACCCUGGACUGCCUGUCGAUCGUAGGACAUAUAGAGUGCCCCUAAAGUAGACGGGCAGGAAAUGUGGCUUUAUUGACUCAUAUUCAACUUUUGCAUCA